AUGAGUAAGGUUUACACUGAUAAGCAGGGUAACGGGAAGCUCGGCAAGAACCUGACGUCAACGGAUGCGGGCUUUCCCAUAAGGGGAGGAAAUGAGUAUAGCUCCAACUUCAACUAUUAUCCACCGGCAGAUGUCAACUACGAGCAGUUUAGUGGAACACCAGCAGACGGUACCCUGCUUUACCCCGAGGUGACGUCGAAUGCAGCUCAGGCACCGAGGCUCAGUCGCUUCCGCAUUCGGGGCUUCAAGGACGUGUGGGCCAGCAUCGCGUUUGCCAUAUUUGUGCUCUUUUCGAUUGCAUGGAGCAUUGUGCAACUCGCCACGUACCGCUUCGACCCUGAUACGAGCGGGAGGUCUCCGUUCAGUUCGGCGAGCGGGCCUAGACUGAUGUGGAUCGUAAUUGCGUGUCUCCUGUCUGCCGGUGCCUCCGUGAUCAGCUCCUCUGCGUUGCUCAUCGUCGCGCAGCGCAUUCCAGUCCAGAUGAUCUACGUUGCGAACAUCAUGACGAUUUUAAUGUUUUUGGCCUCUGCCGUGGCGGCGUUCUUGCGGCUCAACAUUAUCGUUGGCCUUCUCAUGGUCAUCUGUACGAUCUUUCAGGCUGUCUGGUUCUUCCUCGUCCGCGAUCGCAUCCCAUUCGCGGCCGCGCUGCUGCGAACAUCGGCGAGGCUGAUCAGCACUUACAAGUCCACGUUUGUGCUGAACCUUGUUUUGUGCGUGGUGACGCUCGGUUACGUCGUGCUCUGGGGCUACGGUGUGGCGGCGCCGAUCGACCGCUUCUACAAGGGAACAGCCAACGGCGGCUACGGAUUUGUGAUUGCCGUGCUCGUCUUCUCCUUAAUGUGGGUGUCGCAGGUGAUGCCGAACGUCAUGCAUGUGACGACCUCCGGUCUGGUGGCGACGUGGUACUUUGCCGGCUCGAACAACAUGCCGCGCAACCCCACGCUGGCCUCUUUUAAGCGCGCCAUAACGACGAGCUUUGGCUCCAUCUGCUUUGGUUCCCUCGUGGUUGCCAUCAUUCAGUUUAUUCGCUGGCUGGUUGAGAGCUCCGGCAGCGACUACGAGAAUGGAUUCCUGCGUUGCUUGCUGGAGUGUAUGUUGCGAUGCCUUCAGAGCAUUGUCGAAUACCUCAACCGCUACGCGUUCGUGCACGUCGCGAUCUACGGCUGCGGCUACAUCGAAGGUGCAAAGCGGACCUUCGCACUGUGCAAGCAGUGCUUCUUUGCCGCCUACUUCAACGACUGCCUCCUGGCGCCGACGCUCAACAUGUUCCUCUUCGCCAUUUCUCUGCUCUAUGCGCUGAUCGCUGGCGUAGUCUCCAGGUCGUGGCCGAUUGGCGUGCUCGUGUUCUGCGUAGCAGCGAUGGUGCAUUCACUCUUUUUUGUGCCCGUGGAUAGCGCUGUGACGACGGUGUUCGUGUGUUUUGCGGAGUUCCCCGAUGCGCUGCGUGAGUCAGACCCGGAGCUGUACGCCGCCAUCUACGCCGCGGACGCGAACGGCACGAAUAACAACGCUCUGCCACCGGUGUAA